AAUUAAUAUAUGUUUUUUUAAAAAGCUAAACUGUUCGUUUAAUUCAAAUCGGGAGACAUUGAUUUAGACAAUUUUUUUAUGAGACUUCAGUAAAAUAAACUGUUUUUAGAUAAGUUAAAAAUGAUACAAAAUAAUUUUCAUUCAUUGAACUUUAUAAUAUGUUUAUCUGUUGUUCUUAUAUCAGAGCAAAUAUUUUUCAAAACAAAUGCUAUACCAGAAAUACAACCACCUAAUUAUGACACCGUAUUUGACGAUUCAUUUUUAAAAGUUGUAAGUAUUAUUAAUAAUAACAUCAUAUCAUUAAUCUAUGGAAAAAAUAAAAAAUAUAUUAAUAAUUCGCUUAUAAAUCACGAUGACAUGAAUUUGUUAUCAAGAUCUUGUAAAGAUGAUUAUGAGUGUAGACAAAAAAAAGAGUCAAGCUUAAACAAAUUAAAAAAAGAAUUAGAUUUGUUAGAAUGUUUACACACAUUUUUGUGCCUUCAAAUUUUAGAUGUAUUAAAAAAGGCUAGAAAUUUAAAUUCGAAUCAUAUUAUUAAAAUAAAUUAUCAAUAUGUAACUGAAUAUAUUAUUAGAAUGAUUUCAUUUUUUAUUUAUGGAAAAUUUGUUGUUAAUCCUUGGCAAUAUGAUUUUGCGAUGAAAGCGAUUGAUAUAGCAAAACUUGAACGAAAAAAGGAGAAUACAUAUGAAAUCAGUUUAAAAUUUAUAAAUGAUUCUUCAUUAUUUUUUACUAUGAAUAAAUUUUGCGAAAAUUGUAAAAAGACUAAUGAAGUUUUGAAAUUAAUAACUACAUUGAUAUUUAAUAAAUUUCAAGAAAAAAACAUUCAGUUUUCAACACAUGAAAAUUUUGUACUAAAUAUUGUAAAGAAUUUAUUGAUAAAAACAAAUCUCCCAUGUAUAUCAAAAAUGUACAAUGCUGCUCAUAUAUUUAUACACAAAGCUAAUCAAAAGGAGGUAGUUGUCGACGAAGCUUACGAAAAUACGAAAAAAGAUUUUCUACAAAGCUUAAAAUUAAGUAAAUCUGAUAUUGAAUCAUAUGAGAGAGAGACAAUCAAUUUCUUUGAUAAACAUUUAUGGGAAAAAGAUGGUUGGAAUCGCCUAUCAGCUGCUUAUUUCUACCGCGCUUCUUCAUUAAAACAAAAUUCAAGUAAAAAAUCAAUCUUGAAAAAAGUGUUGCGCGUUCAGCCUGAAAAAUCAGAAAAUGAAGAUAAUAUCCCGUGUACUGUUAAAUAUGGCAGAGUUAAUGAGCCGAAAGCGAAAGAACUUUUUGAAAUGAUAACGGAUUUACAGAUUGAACUAUGUGGUGUAUUUAUUGAUGAAAACUUGAACUAUUUAACAGCAAAACCAGAUGGUUUAAUUGGGAAAGAUGGCAUUGUUGAAAUAAAAUGUCCACUUAACGCCCAAAAUAUGAUUCCCAAACUUGCUAUUAAACAAAAAGUGAUAAAAUAUGUGCACUACAACGAAAAUGAAGAUCUUGUAAUAAAACGUAGCUCUGAUAUUUUUUAUCAAAUACAAGGAGAACUUCAUAUUACAAAGAGGCAUUAUUGUUAUUUAAUUAUUUGGACACCAAAAGGUAUUGUGUAUAGUAAAAUUCUUCGAGAUGACAAAUUUUGGAACGAUAAAAUGGAAGAAAGACUUAUUUACUUUUAUGAAAACAUUAUGUUACCUGAAAUAUUGAAUCGUCAAUUUUUUAAGAAUCUGAAUAUUGUUAAUACUUAAUUAAUUUAAUAAAUUAUUAUAUA